AAAUUUAAUGAAAUCUGUCCCUCACCAAAAAGGAAGGCCAGAAGUGAAGAUGGCAAUGAUCAAACUAGUUCAAUGUCCAACAUACGUAUAUACACGCCAUUGCCGCACAACCCUCCCCUCCUGUACUACACGAAACCAAGACUCUUGUGCUUCUUCUUGUUCAACCCAGAAAUCAAGAAGAGUUUUCUCUCUUUCUGCACUUACUCUUUCAUUCUCUGCUCUAAUCUUUUCAAAUGGACCCAGUUCAAAUGCUCAAGUUCCACAGUUUAUAGAGCUGCCUAAUUCGGGUGGUGUCAAGGCCUUGGACCUUCGUAUUGGUGAUGGGGAUAUCCCCCUUGAUGGUGAUGUGGUUGCAAUUCAUUAUUACGGGAGACUUGCUGCAAAGCAAGGAUGGCGCUUUGACUCAACGUAUGAUCACAAAGAUGAAACUGGUGAACCAAUCCCCUUCUCUUUCAUCCUUGGUUCUGGCAAAGUUAUAUCAGGGAUUGAAAGUGCUGUAAGAUCGAUGAAAGUAGGCGGCCUUCGUCGAGUUAUUAUACCACCAUCUCAAGGAUAUCAGAAUACAUCCCAAGAACCCCUGCCACCUAAUUAUUUUGAUCGCCAAAGGCUUUUUACUACCAUUUUCAACCCAACCCGUCUUGCAAAUGGAGAAGGAGCGACAUUGGGGACCGUCAUAUUUGAUAUUGAACUGGUCAGCCUGAGGCAUCUUUGAUCUGCAGGCAUUUUUCUCCUCUUAACUGGAGUGCGGAUCAAUGGUUGUCAGUUUGAUGUCGAUGUAAGAUGAUGAAUUGUUUCUAGCUAAUGCUUGUGGGUGUUAAAGAAGCCUCGGUGAAAAGUUUGGUCAUCUGAUAUGCCAAAGGGUAAAUGACAUUGUAUAGCCGAUCUCAAAAUAAUAGCCGAAAAAAUAUAUUUUUUUUUUAUAUUUUAUGUGUGUGUUGGGGGGGGGGGG